AUGUGGGAACAGAAAGGAAGGGAUCCAGCUAUGACAACAGAUGAUGCCAGCAGUCAGUCUCAGGCAAACUCUUUGACUAAUAUGAAGAAUGGACUUAAUGAAUCAUUUCCUGAGCCCAUGACAACUACACAAAUUUUCAGUUGGCGAACACAGGGGAGCCCUUCAGAUCACGUAACACUUGGACACGAAGUAUCUGUACCUGGUCCAGAUCUUGCCACUAAAGAGUCCAAGCAGACAAGCAGUCAGAGUGUCACUUCUGUGCAGUAUAAGUUACUUCUACCUGGUGCUUCUGGUACUUCUGUGGAAACAACUGUCAGUUUGGACAGGGUAGUUGAAGUUGAAUUAACUUGCAUAUUGGACAAGAAAUAUUCCCAUUUGAAAAGUUUUCAAGUGAUUUGGAAGAGGGGAAAUGAUACAAUCAGUCAUACCAAUAAAACUGAUAACAGCUGGAGCAUCAAUGUAACUGUCUCGGAUAGCAGUAAGUUGGGAAGUUACAGUUGUACUCUGAAAGGUGAACAACAACUCAGUGGUAUUUUUCACUUGCAAGUACCAAAAAUUGGACGAAAAGAAAAACCCACAAUCACUUACUUAGGAGACACAGCUGUAAUGAAUUGUGAAUGUCCUGGCUAUACAGCCAUUUCUUGGACCUGGUAUAUGACCAACGGAAGUAAACAGAUUACCAUUAAUGAGUCUUUGCUGGCAGACAAAUAUGUAAUUAGUAAAAAGUCUGCCAAUAUAACCCAACUGAAGAUACUGAAGCUCACUAAGGAAGAUGAUGGUGAAUAUUGGUGUGAAGCUGCUUUUGAAUUAGGGAAAAGUAAAGGAAAACUGGAGCUUAAAGUUCUGUCCUUCAUGGUGCCUCUCAAACCCUUCGUAGCAAUUGUGAUUGAAGUUAUUGUUUUAGUAGCUCUCAUUGUCGCUUAUGAGGUAUAUUCAAAGAAAAAGGAAAAAUGUGCAGAAGCUGAAAAAGAAUUUGACCAAAUUGAGCAUCUUAAAUCAGAAGACAGUGGUCUGGAAAGCAGUAGGGCUAGGCAGAGAAGAAUUUGA